UCCCAGAUACUCCCUACAGAUGAAUGUGCUGGCCACCCAGAGACUGCUGGGCCUGUGUCAGAAGAUGACAUCGCUCGAGGCGUUCAUCCACGUGUCGACUGCGUACGCCUACUGCAACAGACAGUUCAUAGAGGAGAUCGUCUACCCUCCCCGCGUCCACCCACAGAAGCUACUGGACUGUAUAGAAUGGAUGGAUGAUGACAUGGUGUCCACGAUAACGCCAGACCUUGUGCGGGACCACCCAAACACCUACACCUUCUCCAAAGGCAUCGCGGAGAACUUGUUACUGGAGCAGAGAGGUCACGUUCCGCUGGCCAUCGUGCGACCUUCCAUCGUCACGGCAACCUGGAGAGAACCCCUGCCGGGCUGGGUGGACAACUUCUAUGGACCAACAGGAAUUUUCCUUGCUAUUGGCAAGGGCAUUUUGCGUACCAUGCACGGGGAUCCGGAGGCCAAAGCCGACAUCGUUCCUGUCGACGUUCCGAUCAACCUGAUGAUUGCUGCAGCCUGGUACAUCUCUGUCAAAGGAUCAGGGGAAACUCAGAUCUACAACUGCACCACUGGAAACAUGAACCCCUACUACUGGGGACAGAUAGCGACGAAGGUCAUUGACUUUUACACGGAGAAUCCCUUAGAGCAGCCCUUCAGAAUCCCCCUACAAGGUGGCAAUCCCACCGUGCACAGAUGGUGGCAUGACUUGUGGGUCCCGAUUACCCACCUCAUCCCAGCGUACAUCAGUGACAUCCUGCUCAGGGCAAUGGGCAAGAAACCCAG